UAUAAUUUCCUCCCACAUCUUUGCCUCUCUCCACAUUCCAAAAUUUUCUCUCAUUUUUCUUUAGCGUUCCCAUCACUUUCUCGGAUUUUCUCGGCGACUUUCUUCCUUCCGUGCCAAAGCUGUUUUCGCUCCGUUCUCUAGCUUUUUGAAUCCCCUCAGGAUCGCUCUCGAUUUUUUUUUCUCCUCUUCUUCCUUUCGAUCUGUUGUCACAGUGUUACUGUUCGAAAUCGAUGGAGGUGGUGAAACAAGAUGGGAAUGAUUCUCUGGAUAUGCUGAUCAGAAGAGCUGUUGGAAAAGAUCCGUUUCUAACUUUCCACAGACCUGAAAACAGUCCUGUCCAGCUCUUUCAACUUCUCCAUUCCUUAGAACGUCCAGGAUGGCCGUUGCUCACUCCUUUGAAGAUACAACUGCACAAGUGUGAAAAGUGCGACAGGGAGUUUUGCUCUCCUGUCAACUUUAGAAGGCAUAAACGUAUGCAUCGCCGUUCCACAACCCCUGACAAGUAUUCUGGCAAAGAGAGGGAUGCGCUGGGGGCCUUUUGGGAUAAGCUCUCUGUGGUUGAUGCAAAGGAGAUUCUCUCAUUAAAGAGCAUGAUGCUGGAGAAUGUUCGUGGAGAAUCAGUUGAGUCAGGACUAAUUUCUCUGAUUGAAAACCCAGGAUAUACUGCGCUCCCGCAAUAUUAUCUAAGAGCUGGUUCUAACCUCUUGGAUAUUAUCCAGGGUAGACCACUUAGGUUUCCAAUUUCUUCAAAUCAACUUUUUAGCAUUCUCGAUGAUGCAAGCGAAAAAACUUUCAUGAGUAACGAGGCUGCAUCAAUGCAAAAGUACAUUUUUGACGGGGAAAAUGGAAAAAAUGUACUGGAGGCAAAAAAUGUCGUUGCUUGCGCAAGCUUUCUUUUGGAACAGCAAUUGAUUAAAGCUUGGCUUGCUGACAAAGAUGCGGAAGCCCUGAGAUGCCAAAACUUACUGGUUGAAGAGGAAGAAGCUGCUCAAAGAAGACAAGCUGAGCUGUUGGAGAGGAAGAAGAGGAAGAAGCUAAGACAGAAAGAACAGAGAGUAAAAGACCAGACAAAAGAUGUUAAGGAAGACGAGAGUACCACAUCAGAAGAACAACAACAAUCUCCAGCUGAGUCAUCAAGCGCGUUAUCUGUAGCUUCAGAUUCCGAUGCACAGAGGUCAGACUCCAUACCAACUGAGGACUCUUCAUCCCUCGAGGAACCUCAAGUUUUGGAAACUGAUAAUGAGAGAAACGGUGAAUCUCAAGCGCCAAUGGUUGACGAUCAUGGUGUUGGUAAUGGCCAAAACAUCGAAAGGCGAAGUGGCCGUAGGGAAAUGGAAAGAUCGCAGUAUGGAAUGGCGAAUGGGUUCCACGGUAAUCGUGCGCCAAAACUUGGAGGCAUGCGAAAGAAUGGAACUAACAGAGACGCAAGAGCCAAUACUACUAAAGUUUGGAGCCGGAAAACUGAUAACCCCAAAUCGGCAUCACCAGACGGAGUAGUAGCUGAACAGGAACAAACUAAGAACAGUGAAGUUCUGAUUGGAUCGGUAAGUGUAACAAUCCAGAACAGCUGUCUAGGCGGAGAACAUAACCAAGCAAAAUGUAGCGAAGAGGAGGGAAGAACAAAGGCUGUUGAGGCGAAACACACAUCUGAGGAAUCAACUGUAGAGGUAUCGAGACCAGUGAGCAGUCAGGGAAGGAAAGUGCCAACAGCCAAUGGAAACACAGACGAGAAAAAUAAGCACUCAAGCUCAACUGCACCUGAAGUUAAGAACGCUCAUCACAUAGGCUUGCAGUUCAACAACCAAGAAGCAAAGGCGUUUCUUGCGAAGAGAUGGAAAGAGGCAAUCUCUGCAGAACACGUGACGUUGGUUCUGUCUCAGGAAACAGACAUGCCAGGAAACAACAGUCACGAAUCCACAAAUGGUGUUAUAACCGCCGCAAGACCAAAGCAGAGGAUGAAACCAGAAAAGGGCACGAAGGUGAAGUAUGUUCCAAAACAGAAGAUUCCUUGAAAAAUCGAACUUGAUUCUGGACCAGAGAGUAUCAUUCUUUUUAGGUAAUACCAAAAGUGCAGUAUUAGUGAGAGAGAGAGAGAGAGAGAUCAUUUUUUUUUCUUGCUUCUAGUGAGAUUUUUUCUUGAUUUCGAGAGUCCUCAUUCUUGAUAGAAAGACAUUGAUUUGUUAUUUUGUUGACCUUAUUCCAUUCUGAGGAUUUAAACUUGAAAUUUAAGAUUUUGAAAUGAAAUAGGUUCUCAGA